GGGGCCCAGGUCAAGAUCGGAAACUACAUCCUGGGCGAUACCAUUGGCAAGGGUACCUUCGGCAAGGUCAAAUUUGCUGUUCAUCAGAAGACGCAGAAUCGGGUGGCUGUGAAGAUUCUUAACCGGGAGAAAAUCAAGAACCUGGAUGUUGCUGGAAAAAUUAAGCGUGAAAUCCAAAAUCUUAAGCUCUUCCGACACCCCCAUAUCAUCAAACUGUACCAAGUCAUCAGCACCCCCACCGACAUCUUCAUGGUGAUGGAGUUUGUGUCGGGCGGAGAACUGUUCGAGUACAUCAUCAAACACGGCAAGCUGAAGGAGCAGGAGGCCCGACGCUUCUUCCAGCAGAUCAUCUCGGGCGUGGACUACUGCCAUCGUCACAUGGUCGUCCACCGCGACCUCAAGCCGGAGAACCUGCUGCUCGACUCCAACCGCAACGUCAAGAUCGCCGACUUUGGCCUCUCAAACAUGAUGAAGGAUGGCGACUUCCUGUCCACGUCUUGCGGAUCUCCCAACUACGCGGCGCCCGAGGUGAUCUCGGGCAGCAUGUACGCUGGGCCAGAGGUGGACGUCUGGUCGUGCGGCGUCAUCCUGUACGCACUGCUGUGCGGCACGCUGCCCUUCGACGACGACCACGUACCCACCCUCUUCACCAAGAUCAAAAAGGGCGUGUUCCCAAUCCCGGACUACCUGAACAAGUCUGUGGUCUCGCUGCUCUGCCACAUGCUGCAGGUGCAGCCCAUGUGCCGAGCCACCAUCGAGGACGUGAGGAACCACGAGUGGUUCCAGCAGGACCUCGCCGCCUAUUUGUUCCCGGAGCCCUCGGAGCAGGACUCGUCCAUCAUUGAUCAGGAUGUGGUGGCCGACAUAUGCACGAAAUUCAACGUGUCGCCCGACGAGGUGCACGCGGCGCUGCUGUCGGAGGACCCGCAGGACCAGCUGGCAAUCGCCUACCACCUGCUCAUCGACAACAAACGACUGGCGGGCGAGCCGGAGAAGUUCGAGAUGCGCGACUUUUACGGCCCGAACUCGCCGCCGCUCACGGCGCCCGUGAAGGUCGGCCCGCUCGGUAACCCGCUGCCGUCCGCCGAGCCGGCCGGACGUCCCCACCCGGAGCGAAUACCGCAUGCGCUGCAGCUGUACCAGGUGGACGGGCGCAGCUACCUGCUCGACUUCAAGUCGAUCCCAGCGACGACUCUGCGCCGCCGGCCGCCAGCGCCGCCGCCGGCGCCGCCAUCCCGUCCGUGGAGAUCUGGCCGCCGGGUGAACGGGCUGGACGAGAGCGAACGCGUCGCCAGCUACUCUGUCGUCGAGCUCAGCUCGGCGGACGCUGCCGCCCCAGCCACGGGCGCCCGCCACUACACCAUGGAGUUUUUCGAGAUGUGCUCGGCGCUCAUCACACAGCUGGCCCGCUAG